GGAAAUUGGAAGGCCAUUCAGAAUGAUCCCAAAGGAAAUGCAGCCAAAUGCAAAUAUCCGCCCCAAAAGAGUCUCCGGAUACAUGUCACCAUAGCCUACAGUAGAGAUGCUAACCUGGAACGAGAAAUUAAUGGCGCCCUGCUGUGGGAAGUUUUAUGUCUGCAGACUCUGUCAUGAUGGUGAAGAGGACCAUCAGAUGGACCGAUUCAAGGUCCGAGAGGUCAAAUGUGCUGCAUGCAACACUAUACAAGAGUCUCAACAGAUAUGUAAAGAGUGUGAAGUGAAGUUUGGGGAGUAUUACUGUGGCGUUUGCCAUCUCUUUGAUAAAGACAAGAAGCAGUACCACUGCCAGCCCUGCGGGAUAUGCAGAAUUGGCCCAAGAGAGAAAUACUUCCAUUGUACAAAGUGCAAUCUGUGUUUAGUGACUGAUCUUAAAGACAAUCACAAGUGUGUUGAGAAUGUCUCUAGGCAGAACUGCCCUGUAUGUAUGGAGGACAUCCACACGUCCAGAAUAGGGGCUCAUGUGCUCCCCUGCGGUCAUCUGCUACACAAAACAUGCUUCGAGGACAUGUUCAGAACUGGAGCUUACUGCUGUCCUCUGUGUAUGCAUUCAGCCUUCAACAUGAAGGAGUUCUGGGAAGAGAGAGACAAGGAGAUUGCCCAGACUCCCAUGCCCACAGAGUACCAGGACACUACAGUCAAAAUCAUAUGCAAUGACUGCCAGGCGCGCUGCACUGUCUCUUUCCACGUGUUGGGCAUGAAGUGCAGCUCCUGUGGCUCUUACAACACUGCGCAGGACGGCGGGCUGAUCACGGCCCCUCCUGUAGACGCACAACAGUCUGCAGAACAGACACUUGAAGAACAGCCCAACACAGAGCACCACGAGUGACGUUUAUGAUCAGAAAUCAUCUCUCAAUUAAACUUUUAUAGAACUGAUAUAUAGAAUACAAGCUGUCCUCUCUUACUGCUCCUCUCUCAAGUCUGUAGAACUGCUCUUAUUUUUCUUGCUUGAUUAAAAAGGAUAAGAACA